GAAAAACGGGUUGCUAAGGAGGGCGUGGCUUGUUGCUAACGGCGGAAGAAGAGGCGGCAGCGAUUGGGCGAACAGGUGCCAGGGGUGGAGCUUAGUCCAGGAGCGAAUAAACGAUUGGUUGAGGGGUUGCUAGGGGCGGGGCUCGAGGUCUGACAGCGGAAGCGAUUUGGCAGCGGUUGCUAUGGGUGGGGCUUGAUAUCUGAGGGCGGCUGCCAUUGGUGAACGGUUGCCACGGGCGGAACUCGGUUGCUAGAGGUUGUUAAACUGUCAGCAGCGAUUGGCUAACGGUUGCUAAGGGCGGGACCCCGUUGUUAAGCACGGAAAAACGCAGCGCACCGAUUGGCCGGCGCUUGGCGGGCCGUGCCGCGAUUGGCUGGUUCCUCCCCGCGGGGGGCGUGGUUUCUUUGCCGCCCGGGCGCGGCCGUGGCGGUGGCGGCCGGGCCGGGCCCGGCGGGCUGAGGCGGCGGCGGUGCCGGGCCGGGCCCGGGGCUCGGAACUCUCCGCUCCAUCAUGGAGUUCCCUUUCGACCUGGCCCCGGUGCUGGGCGAGCGCUUCUGCGUGGUGGAUCAGCACCUGCGGCCCGCGGGGCGCGGCGGCGGCGGCGGCGCCAAACGGGAGGAGCUGGAGCAGCAGCUGAGGACGGUGAUCGAUGAGCUGGGCAAGGCCUCGGCCAAGGCAGGCCCAGGGCCUCUCCACCCCCGUGACCAGCGCGGCGCGAAUGGAGAGCAACAGGCACGUGAUGUACAUCCUCAGGGACACCCGGUCCCCGCGGGGCGCGGUGCUGGGGUUCCUCAAGGUGGGCUACAAGAAACUCUUCCUGCUGGAGCGGGACGGGUCCCACGUGGAGGUGGAGCCUCUCUGUGUCCUGGAUUUUUACAUCCACGAGUCGCAGCAGCGCCGGGGGCUGGGCCGGGAGCUCUUCCGGGAGAUGCUGCAGCGGGAGCGCGUGCAGCCCCACAGGCUGGCCGUGGACAGGCCCUCGGAGAAGCUGCUGGCGUUCCUCAGCAAACACUUCGGGCUCCGCGACCGCAUCCCCCAGGUGAACAAUUUCGUCAUCUUCGACGGCUUCUUCUCCACCCGCACAGCCCCAGCCCGGCGGGCGUUGCCGCGGCCGCGCCCGGAGGAGCCGAUCAAACCCUACUCGCUGAGCGAGCGCGACUUCCUGCGGGAGGAGGCGGAGCCCCCCUGGCCCUUUAACCUGUCCCGGGGGUCCCCGGUGCGGGGCAGCCUCCGGCCCUUCCUGCUGCGCCGCGAGAGCCCCGCGGGGACCCCCCCGGGCACCGCCCCCGAGCCGCCCCCGCGCCGCGCCAGCUCCCUGGGGCGCGUCGGCCGCUGACCUCCCCCAGCCCCUCCCCCCUCCGGCCACUGACCCCCCAACUCCGGCCACUGACCCCCAAAUCCGGCCACUGACCCCCCAAAUCCGGCCACUGACCCCCCAAAUCCGGC